AUGCCCUCCGCGUUCUUCCCAGCACGCCCCGCGGGCUUCGAGUCACCAUCUAUCGCGAUCGAAAAGGGUGCACACCGCCUCGCACAUCCGCCACAACGUCCCUCGUCGCGCUCUCGCGCUCGUGUGCGCACACAAUCCCCUUCACAUCGAACGACAUCUUCGACGGCGAGCGUGACUACGCGGGCAUCGAUGCAGUAUGAGCGGCGUAUGGCGAGCCUGGUGGUGUUGCUUGCGAUCGCUGCGACCGCAAGCUUUGCGGCGGCAUGGAUGUUGUUUCUCACUGGCAACAGAGUCACGCACCACCUCGACACUCCCGUAGCCUCCCGUAGCCCUUUCCAGCCGCCCACCCACAAAUACGCUGCAGUCAAGAAACGCGGCGAGUCGGGAUUCCGCUGCAGAGCUUUAACGGACCAUUAA